UUUUCUCUGUCACGCCUGAGGUGCUGAGCCUUGGUGAAGCAGGAAGUGUGUGUCUAAAAUAAUGGCUUGAAAUCAGCAAAAGAAAAAUGCUUGUAGAUAUAUUUCAGGGGGAGCAGCAUGGCUACAUCAUCCAGGUACAUGGUACCCCGAGGAGCGCACCCGUUUGAGCUGGACAGUCCCAGAGCGGACAGGCGAAUGCUGGAGAAAGUUCACAAGCUGCUGCAGAAGCUGUUGAAACUUUGCCAGAACCCACGGCUGCAGCUCAAGAACAGCCCUCCCUACCUCCUGGAGAUCUUGCCCGAGACCUGCUCCCACCUCAAGCUCAUCGUCUCCAACUACGAGGCGAAGCUGGACCUGCUCUGGGACAUUGGCUACUUCAGCGUCUGUCUCCAGAACCUGGCGAAUAAAUCGAAGCAAGCUCUCCAGCUCUUCAAGGAAGCCAAGGAGAGGAUGUUCGAGGAGGGCUCGCAGGCUCGGCGCAGUUUGAUCAAACUCUCCCUCAUCUUCAGCCACAUGCUGGCUGACCUGCGUGCGAUAUUCCCGAAUGGAUUCUACCAGGGAGACACCUACAGGGUCACCAAGGUGGAUGCUGCGGAAUUCUGGAAAAAGUCCUUCGGGAACGAGAGUAUCGUUCCGUGGAGGGAUUUCCGGGAGCAGCUGUACAAGGUUCAUCGUUUCGGGAAUGGAAUGGAAUCAAUGGCGUUGAAAUCCACCAUUGACCUCACCUGCAAUGCUCACAUCUCAGUCUUUGAGUUUGACAUCUUCACCCGCCUCUUCCAGCCUUGGCCCUCGCUGCUGAAGAACUGGAAUUGCCUUGCUGUUUCCCAUCCCGGCUACAUGGCGUUCCUGACCUACGAUGAGGUGAAGGCCCGACUCCAGCACUAUAUUCAGAAACCGGCCAGCUACAUUUUUCGAUUGAGUUGUACACGGAUGGGCCAGUGGGCUAUCGGCUAUGUGACAGAUGAUGGCAGCAUCUUACAGACCAUCCCCCAGAACAAGCCCCUUUUCCAGGCUCUGCUGGAGGGUUUUCAGGAAGGCUUUUACCUCUACCCUGAUGGGCGAGACUUUAACCCCGACCUGAGUGGGCUGUGUGAACCGUGCAGGCUGGAUCACAUUCAGGUCUCUCAGGAACAAUAUGAGUUGUACUGUGACAUUGGCUCCACCUUCCAACUCUGUAAGAUCUGCACAGAGAGGAAUAAAAAUGUGAAGAUUGAACCAUGCGGUCACUUGUUGUGUGAGACCUGCCUCACGGCUUGGCAGGAGUCGGACGGCCACAGUUGCCCCUUCUGCCGCUCAGAGAUCAAGGGCAUGGAAACCAUUAUUGUGGACCCAUUCCAACCUCAGCGCAACCAGUCACGGCCCACUGAGGACCCCCGAGCGACCAACCAGACCGCAGAGGGAGACGGCGAAGACGGAGAGCAGGAGGAGGAUGAGGAGGAGGAAGAUAACUUUGAGGAUGUGGCGCUUCUGGUCAACAAGCUGGCCGGACUCAGCAAGGCCAAGCGCCCACCGUCACCGAUGCCCUCAGCUCGUGCAAACCUCCAACGCCCAGUGGUUCCUCCACGAACAGACCUGCUCCAAGCUCGAAACAACAGCUCCACCACGAGCAGUGCACUCACUACAGACCCCCAGGCCGAGCGCCCACCGUCACCGAUGCCCUCAGCUCGUGCAAACCUCCAACGCCCAGUGGUUCCUCCACGAACAGACCUGCUCCAAGCUCGAAACAACAGCUCCACCACGAGCAGUGCACUCACUACAGACCCCCAGGAGAGGCCUCCAGGGCGCCCCCCUCUGCCCGGGAGGCCAAUCAGCGCAGCCCUGCUGGAAUGGAUGAAGAACAGGCCCCUUCCCGGCCUCCCCAUGGAGCCGUCGGUGGGAUCUGGCACAGCACGUGGGCCUCUCCCGCCCGUUCCACACCGGCCAACCAAUCCCAGGCCCCGUCAGGACGAGCUCACCGCGAUGGACGUCAUCCUCGGACGGAAGGGGGCCACCACACGGCCCAAUGGCACGGAAUCAGCCGUUGGGAUUAAUAUCGAAUCUCAGUACCUGGAGCCCCCUCCCCUCAUCAGUCCCCCUGCGGAUCGCUCUAGUGGCUCAGAUUCAGCCUCGGCGACCCCUCCCAGAGUGCCGUUCCUCUUCGAUGAGUGGUCAAGCAGCGAGGACGAAGAGGAUGAAGAUGACAAAGACGACCUCCUGGUGACCUCGAUGGGCCGUCCUCAGCCCCGGUACCCCCCCUCUGCCGACUCGCGCCCGACCCCCAGCGGCUGGGCACCAUGGCAAACAUGGAGUGAGCAAUUGGAUCGGAGACCAGCCACAUCUCAGGAAUCUCAGAUCCCAACAGGGAACCAGCUGCUCCUCACGGAGUGUCCAUCCCGGGAUCCGGUUGCCACGGUGAUGUUAAUCCAGGAGGGCUUCAAACGUCAGGAUGUGCACAAAGCCCUCAGGAUCGCUCGGAAUGACCUGGAAAUUGCACGGACCAUCCUGCGGGAAUUCAUCGCCAGGGCCAAGCUCACCAACUAGACCUCAGUCUCACACCGUCCACUCCUGGAGUCACGGUGUGGGAACGAUCCCAUGUGGAUAUUGCUGCUUCGCACAUACAAACCUGCCGACACUCCAAAUAUCCAGGUGUUGCCGACCUCAACGUCCCAACGCCAUCUCUGACUGUCGCCCGCCUUUCCACCCACCACUCCCUCUCAGGCUGUCCCGGCUGAUCAGCAACAUGAACCAUCGCAAGUGGCUCCCAUCGCUUCCCACCCACAUUCUCUCACAGACACCGCCCCCUACUCCCACACGAAUCCCACCCACAACGUUGGAUUUCACGUUCCCCAACGUACAGUUCAUUCAGAUUCCUACUUCCCACUGGCCAACAUGAGACCUUCACCUCGACUCCCCACCUUA